UGUUUUCUUCUUUUUCACGGCGACACGUCGGGUUUUAAAAGAGAGUUUGGAAAUAGUUAAAAUAAAUAAAUAAUCCACAGUCAGUUUGGACAGCGACAUAAGUGCAAAGGAGACUACAGAAAAACAGUUAAUAAUAUUACCUGUGGAGUUUCAGCGCUUCAAAUGAAGAGGAUGACGCUUUGUGUUAAAAAGCGCCCGUGUUUUUGCAUCUCCCCUCGCUUGCUUGCAGAGGUUGUCAUAGUAAAAAGGCGAGUGGUUGUUAAUGGGUCGCUCGGCCGCGGAGGUUAAAAGGCGGCGGCGCGGACGAGCGCGCGAUACAGUGUGUGUAUUCGAGCUGCUCUCGUCAUGCCCGCGAGCUGCGGAGGUUCAGUCCUCCACACACCGCACACCAUUGAGUCGCCUCAGGUGAUAAACGCAGGGGAUAAAACCCAGGAGCUGUUUGAGGAGGUAUCGUGUUCGUCGUCGCUUUCUUUGUCGCCCAGCUCUUCACCUCAUGCCAUGACAGAAAAAGCCAUCUGUACCAGCUGUGGCACUGAGAUCGUCGACAAAUAUCUGCUCAAGGUGAACGACAUGUGCUGGCACGUGAGAUGCCUGUCGUGCAGCGUGUGCCAAACGUCUCUGGGCAGACACAUCAGCUGCUAUAUAAAGGAAAAGGAGAUAUUCUGUAAAUUGGACUACUUCAGGAAAUACGGAACACGUUGCGCUCACUGUGGCAGGAACAUCCAUUCAAACGACUGGGUCCGCAGAGCAAAAGGGAACACCUACCACCUGGCUUGUUUUGCUUGCUUCUCCUGCAAGAGACAGCUGUCCACAGGAGAAGAGUUCGCCUUGGUGGACGAGAGGGUCCUGUGUCGUGUGCACUACGACUGCAUGCUGGACAACCUCAAACGCGCCAUGGAGAAUGGAAAAGGAGUGAAUGUGGAGGGAGCCGUUCCCUCAGAGCAGGAAGUAAAUCAGCCUAAACCAGCCAAGAGGGCACGCACAAGUUUCACAGCUGACCAGCUACAGGUAAUGCAAGCUCAGUUUGCUCAGGACAACAAUCCAGAUGCCCAGACUUUACAAAAGUUGGCAGAAAGAACCGGUCUAAGCCGGAGGGUUAUUCAGGUUUGGUUCCAGAACUGUCGAGCUCGUCAUAAGAAGCACGUCAGCCCAAAUCACUCUUCAGUCACACCAGUGUCAUCUCUGCAGUCUGCUCAACUCUCUCCUCCUCUAAUAGAUGAUCUUCAGUACACUGCUUUUGCCCCUGUGGACACCCCUAUGCUGACUGCGCUACACUCCUAUAUGGAUGGUACAUUAUUAAUUCACUCUCCCAAUUCGCUGGUGCUGCAGCCUCUCUUGCCCCACUCGAUGACACAGCUGCCCAUCAGCCAUGCCUGAGACGCCCACCACCGCCGCCGUCGCCACACGGUCAGGUCAGAGUCUGGAGGACAGCAUGAGGAAAUACUGAUUCUUCUAUUGACUGAGUCUUGAAAAAGACCCAUGCUACUUUAUCUUUCAUGGGCACUUACUGAAGGAUAUCCGUCUUGCAAUGAUCGAAAUUGAAAAGUCUCACUGUAAUUGUGAAAAGAGCCUGAAGUUUUUGUUUAAUAUAUAUUAUAUAUAUCUAUAUAGUGAUGGAAUAAAUGGCAUUUAAUUUAUUUCUUGUAUGUGACUGAGCACUUUGUUUUAAAAUAAAUCUACCAUGGAAUUCUUAGUUUCUGGUUUAGUCGACGCACAUUGUGUUUUGUUUUUGAUGGUUCUAAAGAAAAUUUGAAGCUGAAGAAAAGCCAAUAAAAUCUGAUUUGCCUCUAGCAUUGAUCAAA